ACGUCUGCGUCAAAGGAUUGCCUUUUUUUAUUCGCAAAAUAUGUGGAAAUAUGCUCUUUAUUCAGUUAAAGGCGAACAAAAGAACCAUGGAAUGUUCAGCUUUUGGCAAAAACAGUGAAGUUCUGAACUCAAGGUGAAAGACACUGCAGUCUGAGGCAGAACCAAACUUGGCAAAAACAACAGUAUUUAACUGGACUCUUUUCUGUUUGGAUUUGCACCUCUCAAGACCAAGUCAGGGUUUAAAAAAACAAUCGAAUAUUACAAAUUCAUAAUAGAGAAAAAAUAUGUAAAUCAAUUGCAGACAAUGAAGCCUAUACAGUCCUGACUGUUGGUGGGACAUCGUAUCAUUAAGAUUAAGUUCAGGCUCUGCAAAGUCAAUCAUCUCCCAUCACAUUGCUUUCUUUAAUAAGACAAUAUGUCUUUAGGGACUACAAUUGCAGACCGUGGAUUCAUGUGUAUAGAAUGAUUUUGUUUGGAAAGAUUCAAUACGGACAUGUGGACAUGUGUGUCUGGCAUCAGCACAAAUAUCUAGAAUUGUUGAUGGAAAAGGAACACUUUAAACUGGCUGGAGUUCAUGUUUUGGGGAGGAUGGUUGAGUCUGGAUCCUCUAAUGUGGACCAUGCAGAACCGACCCAGCCCAUAAAUGAUAUACUGACACAUUUUUUGAGGGAAAGAACAGUGAACCUUGAGCGAACAUGGGCAGGCUUCGUGAAAUAAAGACUCACAUAGCCGCAGAGGACUUUCUCCUAAAAGUCAUGGCAGUGCUGCUGUUGUUGGCUCUGGUGUACCCAACCCUGGCCUCUGCUUCGCCGCUGUCAGCGGUGGGAUCCUGCGGGCCAGAGGUUGAAGCUCUCAAGCGCAGCAUAGGGAAACUGGAGAAUAAACUCUUAAUCGCAACUUGGCAGGUUGAGCACCUGCAGAUGCACAAAUACUUCCAGCCAUUUCGACCUGCCUCAACUAAUACCAAACCUGAAACUGGCACGGCCCCGGGUGCAGACCAGAACAGCAGCGAGGCAUUAGACAGCUCUGCCGUGACACAGAUGAAACCACUUCCUCCCGCAGGCAAUUUGAUUGUCUAUGACAAAGACUGCUCUGAGCUGUUUGACAGACUGAAACCGCCAAGCGGUUUCUACCGCAUCAGACCCAAAAAAUACCAGGAACCUUUUUUGGCCUACUGUGACAUGGAGGAUGGAGGAGGGUGGACAGUGUUCCAGAGACGUCGCAAUGGGAAAGUUGACUUCAGCAGAGACUGGGUAGACUACAGAGACGGCUUUGGUGACUUCAAACUGUGGAAUGAUGAAUUUUGGCUGGGGAAUGAGCACAUUCAUUCGCUACUCUCAGAGGGUCAGAAACGAUUUAGCAAUAUUUCACUGUCAAAUAUAUUCCCUAAGAAUGUUCUGCCUGUUUGUUUCCCUCAAAAUUCUUGCUCAUAUUUCUCAGGCAAGAACCUGGUGAAGAUAGAUCUAAUGGACUGGGAAGGAAAGAGAAGUCACGCAUUUUAUGAGAACUUCAAGAUCACCGACGAGGCCGACAAGUAUCGUCUCCAGUACGGGCUGUAUAGUGGGAAAGCUGGAGAUGCUCUUGCGGGUGGAGGCGGGAUGGUGGAGCAGUGGUCUGCUGGGCUCAGCGGGAUGCAGUUCAGCACCAGAGAUCAGGACAAUGACCGCUACCUUCAGGGCAACUGCGCUAAGGAGAAUAGUGCAGGUUGGUGGUUCAACAGAUGUCAUGCAGCCAACUUGAAUGGGAAGUUCUACCGCAAAGGGAAGUACAAGGGCGUGCAUGACGACGGGGUGGUGUGGGGGACCUGGAAAGGCCUUUGGUAUUCCCUCAGACACACCGCCAUGAAGGUGCGGCCGGUGGUUUUCUUGGACGUGACAGGCAGCGGAGCAGGGGAACAGUGAGAGUGGCAGGCUUCACAUUCCCUUGUGUGGUGCAGAAUUCAAAAAUAAAUUCCUUUGCAUUUGAACUUGAA